UUCGCAGUGGCUCGCUCGUACUGUGCAACGUUGCGGCAAGUCCAGACCUCCGAAAUACUGUGGAGAGCAGUACGUACAGAGUAGCAUCAAAACACACACACACCUUAAGUACACAUGUACACAUGUACACUGCAUACUCGCACGUGGCUAGCACUUGAAGAAACCAGCCUCCCCAAUCUGUAGUCAUUUUGUAGAAUGCCUAUUCACCCAUCAGCUUCAUUUUUCUCUGAUAAACUCUAUAUACACCUGCUCACACUCCACAUAUCUAGGCCUCACCCCAUCCCCUGCAAUCCUCCAACAAAUCCGCAAAAACACCACUCCACAUCUCCCCAUCAACAUCAUGAUUCGCCCUCGCGCAGGUGACUUCACAUACACCGACUCCGAAUUCGCCGCCAUGAAAGCCUCCAUCGCGCUCUUCAAAGCCGAACAAGGCACGGCGGCAGCAGCCAGCGGCUUCGUGUUCGGGAUCCUGAAUUCAGAUGGCGCGACUGUAGAUAUAUCUCGGAACCGCGAGCUCGUCGAACUGGCCGCCCCGCUGCCGUGUACGUUCCACCGCGCGUUCGACCAAGUGCGGGAUAUGCGCGCUGCGGCGGAGGAGCUUGUUGCGUGUGGGUUUGCUGCUAUUUUGACGAGUGGGGUGCCUGUUGGGGGAGCGAUUGCUGGGGCUGAGGUCGUGAGGAGGUUAGAGGGGGAUGUGGGUGGGAGGAUUGCGUUGAUUUUGGGGGGUGGGGUUAGGGAGGGGAAUGUUGGGGAAUUGAGGAGGGUGACGGGGGUCAGGUGGUUUCAUUCUGCUGCUGUUACUGCGGAUGUUGGGGAGGAUGUUGAUGGUGCUGAGGUGGAGAGGUUGAGGGCUAGGUUGGAUGAGGAGGUGUAGUGAUUCGGGGAAGUGUGGUUUCAUAUGGUACACAGUCGAUCGUAGGAAACGACAGAGAGAGAUGUGCCUGCACAGUGUCGACGACCUCGAAAAUCGUUCCAUACGAAAUGCGGCAUGCUUGCCGUGAGAAAAUGUAGAUAACAACUU